AUGAGGACAUUUUUGUUAUUGUCGCUGGCUACACGCUGCUGGCCAAACAUGGCAUCCUACAGUCGGGUCGGGAGGUUGUGGAAUAUUUCUGCGUUAAUAGCAAGACCACACGCUGUUCGUAAUUAUGUUGCUGUACUGGGCAGACCCUCAGCCAAAAUGGCAGUUAACGUUACAGGAAGGCUGCCACUGCCAUCAGGCCCAAACCAUUUAUUUGUGAGAAACAUGUUCAUACAGACCCAAGACACCCCAAACCCAAACAGUCUAAAGUUCCUGCCUGGUCGCAUUGUGCUGGAGUCUGGGACGAUGGAUUUUGCUGGGCCUCGUGAUGCAUUUUCUUCUCCCCUGGCUAGGCAUCUGUUCAAAAUUGAUGGUGUCAAAGGCGUUUUUCUGGGUCCAGAUUUCAUAACAAUAACCAAGGCUGAUGAGACUAUGGAGUGGAAAGUAAUCAAGCCUGAUGUCUUUGCAACAAUCAUGGACUUCUUUACUACUGGACUUCCUGUGGUCAAUGAGGAGGCCACACCACAAGUAGAUACAGCCCCAUCAGAUGAUGAUGAUGAGGUAGUGUUAAUGAUAAAAGAACUUCUGGACACUCGUAUCAGGCCUACAGUGCAGGAAGACGGAGGUGACGUAGUGUAUAGAGGCUUUGAAGAUGGCAUCGUGAAACUGCAACUACAGGGCUCCUGCACCAGCUGCCCCAGUUCCAUUGUCACUCUCAAGAGCGGAAUCCAGAACAUGCUCCAGUUCUACGUCCCGGAGGUGGAGGGAGUAGAGCAGGUGAAAGGUGAGGAUGAAGAAGUGGAGCAAGGUGCCAAAGGCUGAACUCAGUUGACACAUGACAAUGAAAGACAUUCAUGUCACUCGCACUCAAGCAGCCAUGUUUCUUCGCUCUUCCUCCCUCCCUGCCUCUGACAGACAGCUACAUGCUACAUAGUUAAAUGAGGGCCUCAGAAGAUGGUCUCAUCAACAGCAGUGACCUGCACCCAGUGUAUUUAUGUCAUUGGUCUUUGCCUGGAGUGUUUUGUAGGCCCAGGAUUAGAAAGAUAUGGCUGGCCUGAAGAUGUAGCAGACAUGUAUCGUCUUGCUAUGCAACGGUCCUGCAGUGUUGUCCAGUCCAUUCUUCAGUUCCCCCCAACAGAGAAUCUAAAUGUUUUACUUCCGGUUUGCCUCAAUUUAUUUAUUGUGAAACUAUUAAAUGCCACUCUUGGAGGUGCGUGUCACAAAAUCUAUUAAGCACUUUGCACAACGCAAGUCACAACGCACAAAUGUAAUUAAAAUGUAGUUGAAGGAGAUUGUAUGGAGUAGUUCAAUGCAAAUGACCAGGUGGGCUAUUAUAAGUAGAACAGAUAUACAGUUUCUUACUAAGUCAGAGGCAAUUUACUCAAGUGUGACACAUGAGGUUUAUGACAACAUUGUCUUUUUGAACUUGUAACAUUACAUUUAAGUUAAUGGCCGUAUAUUUUAAUAUCAGAGUAUAGGCCGUGUAUCAGCAGUAAUAAACCAGAUUGUUUGAUUACUGAACUUUCAAAUAACAUUAGAUACCCAUCACCUUGUACAGAUUUCAUGCUAUUCAACAACUAUCUUACACUAGCCUCACUGGUUGGUUGUUAAAUGAUGUCAGGAUUCAAUGUUCUGAUUUCCUAAAUAUCAGCUUUGUAGGAAGGCAUUAUAAGGGGGGUGCAUUUAACUUCAAUUAUAAGUGGAAUACUACUGUAUGUAAUUUCUGAGAGCAGCAUACUGAUAAGGAAUAAAAUGUAUUUUAAUUA